UUGUUUCCCUUGUCCGCCAUUUGAAAUAUUUGAACUUCCUUGUGACAACUUCCAAUGUACGUUUUGGUUUACACUGAACAAUUAUCAGAGGAUCUGGGCGAAUAGUCGUAGUUUUUGCGUCUCAUGCACGUUGGGAUUCCGACGUCGGCUGUUUUCUCACCCGAUUGGAACAAAAAAGCGUAGAAAAGUGUGCGAAUGCUGCGCGUAUUCGAAACGUGUUCAACAACGGAACGCGGUAAAGUUUUUGCAUGAGUUGAACGCUGCUUGCGGAUAAGGAGAGGCGAAGGGAAGGCCUGUGAAGCCUGGGCUUUUUUCUUGCGCUAGUCAUGGCCGGAAAUUUUGAUUCGGAGGACCGAGGGAGCUGGUAUUGGGGGAGAUUAAGCCGGCAAGAGGCGGUUUCGCUGCUCCAAGGGCAGAGGCAUGGAGUGUUCCUGGUGCGGGACUCGAUCACUAUUCCCGGGGACUACGUGCUGUCUGUGUCGGAGAACUCCAAAGUCUCUCAUUACAUAAUAAACAGCAUCAGCAGCAAUCGCCAGUCCGGACCAGGACUCGCUCCUCCUCGGUUCCGUAUUGGAGAUCAGGAAUUUGACGCCUUACCUGCCCUGUUGGAGUUCUACAAGAUCCACUACCUGGAUACCACCACUCUCAUUGAGCCCAUCAGUAAAGCCAAGCACUCGUCCUUCAUCAGUGUCAAUGCGGGAACAGGAGGAGCUCCGCCGAGGCUGGAAGAGGAGUACGUCCGAGCUCUCUUCGACUUCCCGGGCAACGACGACGAGGACCUUCCGUUUCGAAAGGGCGAUAUUCUCAGAGUUCUAGAGAAGCCGGAGGAGCAGUGGUGGAACGCUCAGAAUUCAGAAGGCCGUAUCGGCAUGAUCCCCGUGCCCUACGUGGAGAAGUACCGGCCGGCCUCGCCAACAUCGGGGGGACCCGGGGGGUCCGUCGGAGGACCCGGAGCCCACGGCAACUCCGACGGCCACGGUUCUCAGUCUCAACCUCUUCUUGGCGAACCGGGCCAAUAUGCCCAGCCUACAUCCUUACCCAAUCUACAGAAUGGUCCGGUUUAUGCCAGGGCGAUUCAGAAGAGAGUUCCCAAUGCCUAUGACAAGACGGCUCUUGCUUUGGAGGUCGGCGACAUGGUGAAGGUGACCAAGAUCAAUGUAAACGGCCAGUGGGAGGGUGAGUGCAAGGGAAAGCAUGGCCAUUUUCCCUUUACCCACGUCCGCUUGCUGGACCAGCACAAUCCAGAGGACGAACUGAGCUGAGAGAGCAGACUGUCUUCCCUAGCAGCCCUUAGAUGUACACUCACUCACAUACACACACACACGCACACACACACAUGCGCACACAUACAUACACACACUCCGGCUCCUCACACAUCCACACUACUGCCCUUUACCUGUCCGCCUCGUCAUUACCUUGUGCCAUUGUGUCUCAUGCCAACGUUCACAAUACCUGCAACAAUUCCCUUAUUAGAUUUUAUGCAAUAAUUGAAGAUAUUUACCAAGUAAACACUAAAUUCCACACGCAGCACCAUACACUACAGAGAGAGGAGCAUUAGUGUGUGGCUUCUUGUGAACUGAGAAAAGCGGAAGAAGCCUGCUUGGACUUAAAAUAUGAGCGGUUUGGUGUCUUAACAAGGGACUGUUCCUUUGCUUCUUUGAAUGCGGUAGCAUACACUACGUAGUGUCAUAGAACACAGCGGCUUUCACACUACAAAUCGUCUACUAGAAAUGCAGAUCAAACAUGCUUUGAAUAGUUUUUAGUCUUUUUCAUCGGCUUGUCAGCCAGUUGAACGUGUCAUGAAGCGGUUCCUACCGGGGCGGUACACUAUAUAAACGAUGGAGUAGCCCGAACCCUCACCGCAUUUAGUUUUAUUUAUGCACAUUUCUAAUGUAUACAAGAUGGGCCAUGCAUCAUUAUUCACUACCGCUAAGUAACUUUGUUUUACUACAUUUUCAUUAUAUAUUAUCAGGAAACGCUAUUUGCUCCUUUCACCAUUAUUGCUGUACUUGGAAGUAUUACACUAAAUGCGGAUUUGUUGAAUGUGUAACCCUAAUUUCUAAUGCUAGACUCAAUACGUCAACAUAAGAUAGACUUAAAUGAUUUUUUUUUGUUGUUGUUUUUAAAAUAAAAUCCAACAUUGUGACUUUUCCACUUAAAUUAACCAAUGUUUUUGCCAAAACCUCCCUUGCCAAGGUAGAAAAUACAAUAAGUGGUUGUUGUAGCAGCUCCAACUACUUUAAAUAUUAGAUAAAGAUAUUUCUAAAACAACCCAGUUGUCUUUACAAUAACACGGUAGGAUCAUAUGAAGUGUCACACUAAUGUGCAAAGCCUGAUGCCUCAGAUGUGUUUUGCUCAAUUGAUUUUUGCACAUACGAGUAGCCUACGGUUGUUGUUUUUUUUGGCUGUUGAUUUUUGUUUUAGAACAUCAUUCUCCAUCAUGCCUGUAUUAUCUAGCUCAUUGCAGAAAUAUAGUGCAUUUUGUCCUGUAAUUCCCCCUAAGAUGUUGCUUUCCUAAUUGCCUGCCUUAAUUGCAGAUUGUUGUCAAAGACCAAAUCAGCAAUGUCUUUAGCCUAAUUAGUUAAAUGCAAAAUAUGGGGAAAAGCGGAGGAUAUUUUAACCAACUUCAUUACUAAUGACUGAGGAUAGAAAUCAAAUGUCUGUUGACAAAUGUAUAAAUGAUAACACUAAUAGACCGGCUACCAGAACACUAUCAAAUGUUAAUGUUUUUACCCUUUGUUACUUUUAAAAAGAAAAAGUUGACUAACUUUGUUUGGUAACAAUGACAAUCACCUGGAAACUCUUCUGUUAUGUCACAUCUAAAUGUUCGAAAGCUAUGUCGUGUAUGUGUGUAGGUUAGCUGUAUGUUGUCAUGAUGUGACAGCAAGCCGGCCAUGUUAUGUAAUUGUCACUUAAGUCGUAAUUAUGAAGGACUUUGAUGUUCAUGAUCUGUCUUAUUAACUGUCUAUGUUUCAGUCAGAAAUGACCUUGAUGAAAUUAGAUCACUAAAAUCAGUCACAAAGCAAAGCUGGAGUCUUGUAAGUCUGAGCUCUCACCUGUGUCCUUUGAGAUUUCACCUCAAAACGCGCCACUUUUGUCUAUGACUGAGCUGAAAGAGUAAUCGCAAGUCGUGUCUGUACAUUUUAAUUGUACCCAAAGUAUUAUGUUUAGAACCUAAAUAUCAACACAGUAAUUUUGUGAAAUUAAUCUUGUGUUAUCCUUUAUGUGCAUCCAAGUCUGUCAGAACAGUGUUUUAAGUCACAAAAAACCCUACGUUUUUGUUACAGUUUUAUUCCUGUACAUGAAAUAAAGUUGACCCCUAUAGUAAUGCUACUCAAACCUUUUA